UUGGGCAUGGGAUUUACCAAUAAAGAGGCUCUCAAGGCGUGAAGCCGCUGAGAAAUCCCCACACGCACAGAAUUUCUUCUCCACCCAAAAAUGGCGAAACCCAGCAACAAAAUCGGCGCCUGAAUUCCUUCUCCAUUUAAUUGGCUACAAACUGCGUGCCCCUCCCACCGCCUCCACGCCAUUACCGAAAUUCUGAAGCUCUGUGAUCGAGUGUCACUGAGUUUUGAUCUCGGUUUUUUCCAUUUUUUUUUUUUUUUGUUCGAUCUGUUUUGCCUGUGAAUUCUUUCGAAAAUUUUGUGGAUCGCGAGUGGUGUGAGGGAAAGUUAUGGAGGAGAGCAGGUGGUGCCAGUGGAGUGUAAUUCGAUCCGUGUUGGCUAUUGUCCAAUGGUGGGGGUUCAAUGUCACUGUCAUCAUCAUGAACAAAUGGAUCUUCCAGAAACUGGACUUUAAGUUUCCGUUGACUGUGUCGUGCAUUCACUUUAUAUCCUCAGCCAUCGGUGCCUACUUGGUGAUUAAGGUGCUAAAACUGAAGCCUCUUAUCACAGUUGACCCUGAAGAUCGAUGGAGAAGGAUAUUUCCAAUGUCGUUUAUAUUUUGUAUCAACAUAGUUUUGGGGAAUGUUAGCCUGCGGUAUAUACCUGUUUCUUUCAUGCAGACUAUCAAGUCUUUUACCCCUGCAACAACAGUCAUCCUGCAGUGGCUAAUCUGGAAAAAGUACUUUGACUGGCGAAUUUGGGCUUCCCUGAUUCCGAUUGUUGGUGGGAUUCUACUCACUUCUAUCACAGAGCUCAGUUUUAACAUGCUCGGCUUUUGUGCUGCUUUGUUCGGCUGUCUUGCAACGUCCACAAAAACAAUUCUUGCGGAAUCUCUGUUGCAUGGAUACAAAUUCGACAGUAUAAAUACAGUAUACUACAUGGCGCCAUUUGCAACAAUGAUCUUGGCUGUGCCAGCAUUGCUUCUAGAAGGAUCAGGUGUCGUCAGUUGGCUUUACAUGUGCCCCUCUCUUUUCUCAUCUCUGAUGAUCAUAUUCGGCUCGGGUGUAUUGGCCUUUUGUCUCAAUUUCUCUAUCUUUUAUGUUAUCCACUCAACAACUGCUGUGACCUUCAAUGUUGCUGGAAAUCUUAAGGUUGCUGUUGCUGUUACAUGCUCGUGGCUGAUUUUUCGUAACCCGAUUUCCAUGAUGAAUGCCGUUGGGUGUGGUAUUACGUUAGUCGGGUGUACUUUCUAUGGGUACGUGAGGCACUUGCUCUCACAGCAAGCGCCCGGGACCCCGCGGACCCCACGCAACAAAAUCGAGCUCAUCCCUUUGGUUAGUAGUGAUAAAUUGGACGACAAAGUUUGAGUCUUUUUUUUCGGGUGGGAAAAAAUAGUGAUCUGGGCAGCAAGGCAAGUAUGAUAAAUAGGUGUUUUAUUAUAGAUAAGGAGACAGUUUUAUCUUUAGUAGUUAGUACCAUUCACCCUUUCUGCACUUAGCAGGGGCAGAGGCCUAAUUGAAAUUUGANA